AGCAUAUGAAUUCUUUCUACUUCUGUCGUCCUUUCAUCCAAGCAGUCCCUUUCUCCUGUCCGCCAAAGGAGACAAACAAGGUAAAGGGAAGGCCAUGAACGGCAGCUGCAGAGACCAGAGAGAGAGAGAGGAAAAGAAAAUGAAAGCAGAGCGGCAGCGUCGGGCCCAGCCCCCAACCACCACCAUCUUCUCCUUCCCCCUCCCCGUCAGCUUCUACCACUCGCGAAAUACUUUGCUUUACAAGCAAGAACAUUCUGGUUUGGUUUGGCCCUCAUUCCUCUCACUGAUCUGCACUCCGUAGCAGCAAUUCCUCGGAGGCUCAUGCCUCACACUGGCAGCAUCUCGUGAUCUGUCUCCUCCAUCUCCGCUCAACAUUUCCCAGCUCCUGUAAAGCUCAGCUGCAUAGAUACGAGCACAGAGGCACCUACCUCUCUUGCUUCCAUCAUAUGGCCACAAUUAUUUGGAUUUUGGAGCAGAAAUUCAUGAAGAUGCCAUGCUCCAGUGCGCUGCUAGAACUUGGCAGUCUCAGGAAGAUUGUCUGAGAUCAAGGUAGCUGAGAUUUACCCUGCGUUGGGGCUCAGUUUCUCUAUCCUUUCCUCGCCUUUCAACCCACCGGGGUUGGUGGUUGUUGUCACUGUGCUUCCGUCUUCCAAGUUCCAUCCAUGGCGGCAGUGGCGUCGUCUUCUCCUCCUGCAACAAUUGCUGGGCCGCAGCCGACGUGGGUGCCCUAUGAGCCAACCAGGGACUGCUCCCAGGGCCUCUGCAGCAUGUACUGCCCGCAGUGGUGCUACUUCAUCUUCCCGCCCCCGCCGCCGGCCUUCGACAUCGCCGGACCCGGGAGCGGCGACGACUCCUCCGGCCCCACCUUCUCGCCCCUCGUCAUCGCCAUCAUCGGCGUGCUCGCCAGCGCCUUCCUCCUCGUCAGCUACUACACCAUCAUCUCCAAGUACUGCGGCACCUUCAGCUCCCUGCGGAACAUGCUCUUCGGUCCCCGCAGGGGCCGCGGCGGCGUCGGCGGCGGCGAUUCGCGGAGUCUGGAGCCGUGGGGCGCCGUGCCGUCGGACGGGCUGGACGAGACCCUGAUCAACAAGAUCACGGUGUGCAAGUACAAGCGCGGCGACGGGUUCGUGGACAGCACCGACUGCUCCGUCUGCCUCGGCGAGUUCCGGGACGGCGAGAGCCUCCGGCUGCUGCCCAAGUGCAGCCACGCCUUCCACCUGCCUUGCAUCGACACGUGGCUCAAGUCGCACUCCAACUGCCCGCUCUGCCGCUGUAACAUCGCCUUCGUCGCCGUCGGGGUGGUGUCACCGGAGCCGGAGCGCCGCGGCGCCACGCGGGAGGACCGCGACUGGAGAGACAACAACCACCCCGAGCUGAUCCUGACGGUCGACGAGUCCUCGGAGCCCGCGCGUGGCGUGCCGCAGAGUCAGAGUCAGAAUCAGAAUGUGGUCAGCGGCAACGGCGGUGACGGCCUGGCGCCGAAGGAAUUUCCGGGGAGAUCAGAGGAGGCCAGCGGCAUUGCCGAGAUAAAGGAGGACUGCGCGCUGCCGGUGCGGGCGUCGUCGUCGCUGUCCGACACGCACCGCGAAGGCCCAAUGUCCAUCGCCGACGUGCUGCAGGCCAGCAUGGAGGACGAGCUGAUGAUGGCCCGGGAGAGCGGCCUCCUGGCAGGCUCGUCGGGACGGUGCCACGGGGAGCACAGCAAGGACGGCAGCGGCCGCAGCGGCCGUGCAAUGCCGGAUGCAGCGAAGCGAUUGCCGUCUGUUGGAAGAUCGUGCUUCAGCAGCAGGAAUGGCAGGGGAAAGGAUUCGAUUCUUCCAAUGUGAGGUUCUUCUUCGUCUGACUAGGGAUACAUGACAUGGAUACUUCUUUUUUUGUGCGCGUGUGAUUCCGGUGAAGAUCAAGGUGCCAGUACCAAAGUCUGCAGAUCUCAUGCAUCCUGUUUCCAUCAGUUCCUAUGAAUUGAAUUGUGGUAACACUGUGGCUGCAGACAGAAACCCAUCGUCUGCAACUACAACGUUUGGUGACUGGUGAGAUCUCCUACACUGCACCUGCUUGGUGUUUCUACUGGAUAAAAUUGUAUAGGGCUUGGAACACUUCUUUUUACCUCUUUCUUCCGUCUCAACAAGAUUGGAUUCAAGUUCAGAGAAUUCUCCCUGCAUUAGUGAGUUAAGUCUCUUAGACCAUAGGUUUUUUCUCUGGGUGAGAAGUCAGUCAGUCAGUCUCCGCACUGGCUUCUUCUAAUAGUUGUCAACUUAGAAGUUAGAACAAUCAUUUGCUGAUGUGUGUGUUGAACUUGAAAAGGGAAGUGUGACCAAUUCAGCACGAUUAUGUGCUCGUGUCUGCCUGAAUUAUAGUAUGAUCUGAUUACGCUCUGGA